GCCGGUCCGAGGGGCGGGAGCCCUCCGGCCGCUUUGCCAAUGGCUGCGGGGGGCUGGCACUGGACGUUCCCGCUCGGUUACAGGAUGGAAAUUCCGGGCCUCCCCGGGGAGGGAGCUGGGGCUCCGCGCUCUGAAAGGCUCAUUGAUCCCCGCGCUGCCGCUCGGAGCGGCGGGCACGGCUUCUGCGCCGCAGCCUCCGGCCCCAGCGCCGCGGCCCCGGCCCGCACCAUGCCCCGCGCCCCGUGUGUCGCCGCCCCGGUGCUGCUGCUGCUGGCGCUGCUGCUGGCGGCCGCCCCGCCGCCCGGCGGCUCGGAGAACCCCAAGGGGAAGCAGAAGGCGCUGCGGCAGCGGGAGGUGGUGGACAUGUACAAUGGCGUGUGCCUGCAAGGCCCCAGUGGUGUUCCUGGACGGGAUGGAAAUCCAGGAGCCAAUGGGAUCCCCGGGACACCUGGGAUCCCAGGACGGGAUGGGCUGAAGGGGGAGAAGGGAGAGUGCAUGCGCGAGAGCAUCGAGGAGUCCUGGACGCCCAACUUCAAGCAGUGUUCAUGGAGUGCACUUAACUAUGGCAUCGAUCUUGGAAAGAUAGCAGAAUGCACAUUUACAAAGAUGCGCUCCAACAGUGCUCUCCGUGUUCUCUUCAGUGGAUCGCUUCGGCUAAAAUGCAAAAGUGCCUGUUGUCAGCGCUGGUACUUCACUUUUAAUGGAGCAGAAUGUGCUGGGCCACUUCCUAUUGAAGCCAUAAUCUAUUUAGAUCAAGGAAGCCCGGAGCUGAAUUCUACUAUUAAUAUACACCGAACUUCUUCAGUGGAAGGUCUGUGUGAAGGGAUCAGUGCUGGUUUGGUGGACAUUGCCAUCUGGGUCGGGACUUGCUCAGAUUAUCCACGGGGAGAUGCUUCUACUGGAUGGAACUCGGUCUCCCGCAUUAUCAUUGAAGAACUACCAAAAUAACUUUCCCUCCCUUUUUAUAGUUUCUCUCCCCCCCCCCCCCCUUUAUUUUGUACCAUUUUCCUCAGAAUUUAUUUCUGUGGAGUUGCAUGCAAGUAUUUGAGUGGAAGGCACCAAA